GUGACGCUUCUUUGAGUAAGAGAGGAUAUCAGAGCACAAUAAAAUUGUAUGCACACUCUCUGUAAAGGUAACAUGAACCAGCGGAAUGCAAGGCUGUAUUUGAUUCUGUCGGUGACCUUAUUUUCUGGCAACAGCUAUUCAACGGAAAGAAAUGAAACAACCACGUCAAAGAUUCAUACAAUCCAGUCAGUUCAUACCAAAAAUGAUACAUUUGUUCCAUUAUCUACAGCUAUCACACAUCAUGAUCUCUGUACCAACAACUGCCUCACAUUACAAGCAAGUAAACAAGCGUCACCAACAAUUUCCCAAUAUACAUCAGCAACAAUGAUUCUGGAAGAUGUCCACAAAGGAAAAGCUACACGUACCAAGGCCACCAUUGAACACCUGUGGAACAGAUCCGAGAAUUCCAUAUACGUGUUGACCUCUUCGCCAGCUCCCAAAAAUAUUUCAAAGACGCCCUCAAAUAACAACAAAGUCAUUUUGAUGAUUGUGCUUCCAAUUCUGGGUCUUGCUCUGACUGGUUUACUGAUUGCCUUCCUGAUAAAUCAUAUUCAUGGGAACAAGCAACCUCUAAACAAUGACGUUGACAAUGAAAAUCCUGCCAGCCCUAUUUUUGAGGAAGAUGUAGCUUCGGUGAUGGAAGUCGAAAUGGACGAACUUGACAGAUGGAUGGGCAGCGUGAAAAAGAUGCCUCAACAGGAAUGUUUAGCAGAUAUCAGCGAGGACAAAGACCUGAAACCUAACUCAAGUGACCCUGAAUUAUGAAACCUUUCUAAAGGUAAUUGACAAAGACUGAUUCCUAUCAUCGAACAGAACAGUUCAUUUGCACAGCAGCAUGUCUGCAAUGGUUCUGCUUUCAUAAUGCCUAUAGAUCAAGAUUUCACAAUUUUCUUAAACAGUGUUUGUUUUUAGUUUGUUGACCGACAUUUUUAUUAAAAGAUAAAAAGGAUAAAAACUGCAAAAGCUGAAAAUAUGAAAUUAAAAGAAUAAAAUGAUGGAAAUGAACAGACGGUCUAUAAACAUAUGAAAGAUUGAAUUGAUGAAGAGGCUCUACCUGAAACGUUAACUCAUCUUUUUUUUCUCUUCUCCUGCUGGCAGAGUUGUUUAUUCCUAGAAUUUUCUGGUUUUAUUUUACAUUUAACUGUCCUCUAAAGAUAAAUUUGUUCAUUAUUAAUGAUUCCUGCAGAAAUAUAUUUAACUUGCUAAGCUUUACUCAGAUUCUGUUUUGAGGAUGUAGCCUAUUCGACAAGAUAAAGGAUGAUGAAACAAGAAAUGGAACAAACGUUAGAUAGAGAGGGAUAAAUAACAUAUAGCAUUCCAGCCAAUCCUUUACACUUGUUAAUGCAGUGCUAUUGGAUCUAAAAAUAUAGACGCAGUAGGUACUUGUGGAAGUAAAUAAUAUUUCCUAGAUGUUGACUCACUCUGUUCACUCCCUUUUUAUCACAACAGUCUGUAAAGGCACUCCACCUGAGCCCCUGUCCUAACUCCAUACUCCCUUCAUACACCCAACUACACCUGCGUUAAUACACACAGAGGGUCUCUGAACUGCUGGCAAUGUCAUGCUAACAAAGGUUGAGGAUGAAUAAUGGAAGAUCUAUGAUUAGGUGAAACUCAUAUAGACUUAAUACAGUUUGUGCAAUAAAUGGGCUCCUUGGAAAAUAUGGUCUUUUCUUACUGCGUGCUUGCUUAUAUUAUAAUUCUUAUGAAAUCUAACUUCAGUGCAUAAAACCACUCAAACCUUUUAGGAAUGGUGGAGGUCCAAAGAGAUAUAAGAGUUCAUAUACACAAAUCACUAAAGUGUAAUAGUCAGGUACAGAAAAUAAUGAAAAAGGUGAAUUGUAUGAUAGCCUUUCUAAAUAUAGGGCUAGAAAUUAAAGGGGAGAGAGUUUUGCUGCAUUUAUAAAAAAAAACCCUGGCUGGACCCCACCUGGAAUACUCUGUAUCCCACACUUGGAAGAAGUGCAGCACAUAUUCACCAGAAUGUUACCAGGACUCCAAGCAUUAGAUUUUGAGGAGAUUACAUAAACUAGCUUGUAUUCCCUGGAAUAUAGAAGGAUGAAGGGCAAAUUGAUUGAGGUGUUUAGGAUAUUGAACAGAAUUGAUGGGGCAGGUUGAGAGAAUUUUUUUCCACUGUUUAAGAAGCUGUCGUGACCUCAAAAUCAGAGCCAGAACAUUUUGUUGACAAGUUAGGGAACACUUCUUCACGCAAUGCCUGACCAAAUUUUCUGUCAUGCCUAAGUUAUUUUUUUUUCACAGUUUGAUAUGAGGUCCAGAAGUAUAGGAGAACUCCUUCCAACUCCAAGUACUCUUGAGGGGCAGUCCCCUUUCAUUACCCUUUCAACACCCUCCCCUAGGACUUAUUUGAGAGCCAUUCCUGACAAGAUAAGCAACCUGAAAUGUAUCUUGCUAAAGUGAGUGAGCUGUCCCUUGUGGCACAGCAGGCACCGGUAGCUCGCUCAGGUUAUUGAAAUGAGACUCGAUGUCAAUGUCUGAGUGGCAUGCCAAAUUCUAUCCCAGGGAAUGAGGGAAUGAGAAAUGCUGUAGGUAGGCCUGAGAGUAGGAGGCAAAAAUAAUUCAAGCAUAUCCUAAUUCUUAUUGCACUUUGCACUGUUUGUUGCAUUUAUGGGUAUAUUAUUUAACCAACACACUGAUUUUAUCCAAUUGUAUUAAUUCUGGAAGAAAAUAUACCCACAAAUUAUUUAGUUUAAGUUAACAGCAUCUUUAAAUUAGGUGCAUCAGAAGUAAAUGAAUAUAUGUUUUUAUUUGCUUUAUAUAAUACUACAAUGCCAAAGUUUUUGUAUUUUUACACAUUCAGUAAAGCUGAUACUUCAUUUUAUAAUAAAAGUUAUUUCCAUUCUUCAAACUUAGAAAUACUAAAUAAACAAUUUUUAAAAGGA